CUCCGGUCGAGGGACUGUGAGGGCCAACGGCACGUAUUUUAAAUCCUCCGAAUGGCGUGUAUGGAAUCGCGUCCCUUCUCUUCGUUUUCAAUCUCGUGAUCUGCCUGACCUUGUGGAACUGUCACAGAAGUUACAGGCUCGUCUCUCUGAAGCCUUUAAGAAUACACACCUGGGUCAAAUGUCUGAGAGAGCAUACCUCUCUCCAGGCACCACUCGCCGUCUCUCCCAGUACAGCAAUGCUAGCGUACGCAGGGUCUAUUCAUCCCGAUCGCAAACCCACCGUUCCGUCUGCUCCCUUCAGACCUCACCUGCCACACAUUCACCAAAUGAAGGCUUUGAAUACCUUGGCGGGUGCAAUAUGUAUGCGUUAGCUCUUGCUCGGGCCAAUCCUCAUGGCUCCUCUCGUACGCACUCGCCUACCUUGUUACGUAAAAGAAUUCAUCUUCGGAAGUCCGUUAUCGGUUCCGGUUCCGAGGUUGGAGGACCGGAUUCGUGCGCUACAAAGAAAAAUUUGUCCACCCCCAGUCCACCUACCGAUGUGCAUCAAGCGGCUUCCUUGGAGAUGCCAGAGGGCAUUUCAAUGAAGAUGGUAGAGGACAUUGUUCUCUUCCCACCUUUCAAGAGUAGCCGCUCAUUUGGUUUUCGAUACUACAAAGGGCGACUCCUGCAAACAGCUGCUGAGCCGAAAAAAGUCACGGGCGAAAUUCCUCCCCAUGUAUCGAUUCCUGCUCUGCGUUCGAAUAUCUCCGGUAGCAUUCGCGCAAAAACCCCUAGCGACGGUAAUCCGGACGCAGCGGUCAAGCCCUUGAGCGGAAAUUCGGAGGGCUCAAACCCUUCGGCAGUGAUAGGUUUAGUUUCAAAAAGUUCGAAGCCUUCCGUCGGGUGGACAUACCUCUUCGAGGAGGCAAUGCUGAACUCAACUGAGUCUAAACUCUGGUCAAAUAUGCAAUUCUGGGAAGACAUGUUUCUCGAUACAGUCACGCAGGAGCGGGAGAUUCUGGGUAAGUAUGCAAUUAUGAAUAGGGAAAUCCCUUGUGCUUUUCAGUCUUUUCUACGUUUGAGCCUUGGUAUUGAGCAAGUUAGCACUGGACGAUUCAGGCCACACUCCGUCCAAUCUGUUUGA